GCCCCAAGAUUUCAGGAUGAAAGGAAUUUAAAAUCAAACAUGAACCCAAAACCUCCAAGGGGAGUUCUGAAUAAUAUUUCUUCUGCUGCAGAGGAAAGCAGGACCUUGCCCAUGGAGAUGCUUUUUAGCUUUAAAGGCCAGACCACUGAAGAACUUCUCUGGUGCUUUUGGGGCUGUUUGAAUGUGAGUUCCACUGGACUGGCUCCCAAAAAGGCAAAGAAGAAGAUAGAAGGCGGUUCCAAUGUUUUCUCUAUGUUUGAACAAACCCAGAUCCAGGAGUUCAAAGAGGCUUUUACCAUCAUGGAUCAGAACAGGGAUGGCUUUAUUGACAAAGCAGACUUGAGAGACACAUUUGCUGCACUAGGUCGUCUGAAUGUCAAGAAUGAAGAGCUUGAAGACAUGGUGAAGGAGGCGCCAGGUCCUAUUAACUUCACUGUCUUCCUCACCAUGUUUGGGGAAAAGCUGAAAGGCACGGACCCAGAAGAAACCAUUCUGAAUGCUUUUAAGAUUUUCGACCCAGAAGGAAAAGGCCGCAUAAAGGCAGACUACAUCAAAGAAAUGCUUAUGACACAGGCAGACCGGUUCAGUCAAGAGGAGAUCAACCAGAUGUUUGCUGCUUUCCCUCCAGAUGUCUCUGGGAACCUCGACUACAAGAACCUCUGCUACGUUAUCACCCAUGGUGAGGAGAAAGACUGAGAGCAAAGAGAGGAGCUUCUCCUGUGGUGCUGCACCAAGUUAUUUCACGAUCCUUUUGUGUACAAGACAAAGGGCUAAGCACCCAGGAUGUGAAGCCAUGUGGUCAUCAGAAGUGAACCAAUAAAAUAA